UCUAGCCAAGAUGCCAGACAUUAAGGCUGGUAUAGGCCCUUACUCUGAUGAGGCUGCCCCUAAGGUGGCUAAUCAGGUGAGGUACCUCAUGCCCAUCGCUAAGCUACUGUUCAUCCUGGUAGCAAUCCUAGGCUUUGGCUUCUGUAUGGCAAUGUUGCUGAUGGCUACUGUGGAGGCUAUACAGUUGAAGGCUAUGCAGGAUGGAGAGUUCAAGGAUAAAAACGCUGAUAUGACUGCCCUGAGCAUAGCUAUCGUUUUGAGUCAUCUAGCGCUCCACUUUCUAGGCUACAAAUGCAGAUUCAUGAAGCUCCACUGGACUUCUUGGGACAGUGGACUGUUCAUACUAGGCUUCGUGGUAGUCAUCUCCGCGUUCUUUGCAGUGUUCAUAGUGGUGAUGCCAGGGAAAGACGCAACGCUAGGAGAAGACAAACAAGGCAUUCGUCCCUAUGGUGCCAUGGCAUUCACUGGCCUGGAGCUAUUGGCAAUGUUCGGGUUCAUUAUAUGUGCCAUGAAGACACACUGCUUCGGGGGCUGCAUGACGCUUAACAAGAAGGUAUUCUAUACAUUUGCAUUUAUAUAUAUGCUGGUCUUUGCUGCCCAUGCGUAUACACUAUAUGAUUUAAAAGAGAACAAUGCUAACUAUGGAGAUAAGGACACCACCUGGCAUCACCAUAGGUUCAUGGCAGCGGCUAACUACAUUUUUGUGAUUGGACUGUGCAUCAGUGCAUACCAGGUAAACUUAUGCUGCAUGUCAUUUACCAAGUGUGAUGCUGUGUUCAUAUUUCUGACUGGCACUGUCGUAGGCAUCCUGAUAUCAGUAUGCCUGUCAAUGUUCCCAGAGAUUGUGCAACAGCAAUGGACCCUCGUAGGCCUUAUCGCUAUGCUAUAUAUACUUACGGUUGCACUGUUUUUGUACAUCCAUGCCAAGAGGCCGUUGUGCAAGUACUAUAACCCAGAUGUAAUCACUUUCGGGAUAUUCGCGCUACUGUUCCUAUUAUUGGUAUCCACCUUGAUAGCCCUGGGGGCGAAACAUCAUGGUCAUAUAAGCGGAAUGGCAGGCGACCUUAAAAACAUUGCCCCAAUAGCCAUAUUCGUUUACGGCUUCGUGGUAUUCGUUGUAAUGUUAAUCUUCGGUUUCAAGGGCAAUGCCAUGAAGGUUAUCAAGGCGUUCAUGAAGCAGGCACGUGACGAACGACUCGUUAAGAACGGCCAUGAGCUGGAUGUCAAACCUUUGUACGAACCAGGCGUUGAGACACCGGGUAGUGAAUGCAACCUUCGGGGACCGGAGUCAUCAGGAGGUGUCUUCCGUGAUUCGUGGUUACACCCAGCAAUGUAGUUUGUUAUACUAUCGGGACUGAGCCCUGGAAUUUUAACACAUAAAGACUAAAGGUCGUCAACUAAUGCAGUUAAAAUGAAGAGAUUACUAUAAUUAAUGUAGUAUAAGCU